CUCGAAUACUGCAUUUCUCGGUGCUGAAACCUCAGAGCAUUUUCUUCCUGAUUGUCCAGAAAGCUUCCAGAAGCUCUCUGUCAGCUGACUGGUCUCCUCCAACAUGCUCCUCCUGCUGCUGCUCUCCCUGGCUACAGUCAGCCACAUGUCAGAUGCACAAACGUAUUUUUCAACCAGCAUUGCAGCAAACGUCAAUGCAUGUCCCAUUGCCUUUUAUGGACAAGUUUACAAGACUCUAUAUGUGAACUUGACGGACAGCAACGUUGCAUUUUGUUUCAAAGGCCCGUACAGGCCUGGAAGCAAAAACGACUGUAUUCUGAUACCUAAGGGACCAGUCACCAGAGGUUAUCUGGGUACAAACGAAUGGACAUAUAGACCAGGAUCCCAUUAUCAUAGAGGUCUGCCUCAACUCACAGGUUCAUCAACAUGCGAGGUGUACGUGAUUACACUGAAUGGAAAUAGCCAGGCGGGUGUAUUCUACUUCGCACAGUUUGGUGAACAAGGAGCUUUAUCUGCAAGAUUGCAUUCAGCCUGGUCAUCCAGUCCUGUGGAGGCCAUUGUGCAGGUCGAUGAUGUUAAAGUGGAUGACUGGAAAAUGAUCCCAGGUCUCACAAACUACACGGACAUAAGUGGAUGCAGACACUCAGGUGCUCUAUUUCUACCAAAAACGGGAAAAUGUGAAUCAGAAGACUCCCCUGUAACCUGCAAUGCUUCAGCAGUCCUCAACACCACUCCUUGUGGCUCCGGAGAGAUCUGCCAGGGCGACGGCCAAUGUGUCUUGGUUGCCACGUGCACUGUAACCGGCUCCACUGUCAUCGAUCUCGGCGGUCAAGUUGUCUCUGUCCCGGAUCGCUGUGCGUACACUCUGAUGUCAGAAUCAGGCGUCCACCUGCAGGCCGUCUUCCAGGACCGCCGUCGUAAAGAUGUUAGCUUUUUGGACCAUGUGAUCCUACAUCUGGAUGACCCAGGCGUUAACUUUCACCUGGGACAAGGUGGGAGGGUUCAGCUGAACGACACAAAGCUGAGCCUCAGCAGCACGCCUGUGGAGCAUCAUGGUGUGCAGCUCUCUAAGGACCAAACUGGAGUCACAGCCAAGCUGGUGCACUCCAACUACAACACCUCUAUCUUCUUUGAUGGCUACACAGCACAGAUCCACAUGACAGGCGGAAACACCCUGCAGGGUUUAUGUGGCAACUCCAGCCGGUCUUUGAGUGAAAUGAAGGUCUCUGCGUACAGCUCAAGCAGCUGUGAGGAACAGCACGAAGAAGCUGCUGACAGUCAGAUCGACUGCAAGACAGUGAAGGAACGCUGUAAUCUCCUGAAGGAGGAUCCCUUCACCUUCUGCCACAACCACACCAACCCCGAGCCCUUCAUCACCGCCUGCACCAACACUCUGUGCAAAUACCCAGCAGUGGACGGUCUCAACUGCCAGUUCCUGGAGGCUUACGCCAGAGCCUGCAGCCUGCAAAGCAAAGACACGCUGGAGGACUGGAGGUCAAAGGCCAGCUGCCCCUCCCCCCAGGCCUUCUGUCAGGACAAGUUCUGCAGUGCUCAUGAGUUCUGUGCAGAGGACAUCAGUGGUGGAACCAGCUGCUACUGUCGGGCCAUUUUUGGCUCCAAGUACAGAUCGACAAACACUUUUGGUGAGCCGACCAUCUGCAACCAAAACUCUGCUUCACUUAAGCUGGUUGGUUGUCUCCUGGAGGAAAAAAGCAUCGACUACUCUGUCUUACACCUCAAUGACCCAAACUGCAGAGGUCAGCGGGACAGCAAGACCCACAUGGUGACCUUCAGCUUCGACAGCAGCAACGUCUGUGGGACGGUGGUCAAGGCCGACAGCAGCAAAAUCAUGUACAAGAACGCCAUCAUGACUCGGAACAGCUCUGGCCCCAUCACUCGUCAUGACCAAGUGAACAUCGACUUCUCCUGCUUCUACAACCAGCCAGACACCAGGACUGUGGCCUUCAAAAUCAAAGACAGCUCUGUGAUCCAGCAGAUUGUAUCUGGAGCUUGGAAUUACACUCUGACCAUGAAGGCCUACACCGAUGCCGACCGCACUCAAGCUGUGGAGUCCAGCACAGAAAUUCAACUGGAGCAGACCAUCUGGGUGGAGCUGAAGACGGACGGGCUAGAUGACAAACUCGUCGCUGUGGUGACCGACUCCUGCUGGGCGACCAACGAGCCGUCACCCAGUGAGAUUCUGAGAUAUGACCUGAUCAUUGGGGGCUGUUCGAACCCUGCUGACCAGACGGUGAAGGUGCAGGCUAACGGACUGGGAACAUCCAACUACUUCUCCUUCAACAUGUUCCAGUUCUCUGGGAAGUCUGGUGACGUCUACCUGCACUGCAAACUCAACCUGUGUGUGAAGAAGAAGAACAGCACCUGCGCCCCGAGCUGCAGCGGAGGUAAGAGAAGACGCAGAUCUGCCAGGACUACAUAUGAGGAUGUAAACCCAGCCUUCAUCACCAUGGCCUGGACUAAUUAGGUUGUUUCCAUGGCAACUCGGACGGACCUACAGACUGUCGACCUUCAGCAUGAUUCCAGACUUUUGCUUCAUCCUGAUCAAGAGCCACGUUUCCUGAAAAGAUUAGCUCAGUCGUUAUUGCUAAUGAAGCCACGCUAGCACAAAGCUGUGAUAACUAAACACUCCUGAUCCUCCUCCUGCUUUGAUUGGCCGAUUCAGUCCAGUUUAAAGUUAAGAGUUGAUUCGGUCCAGCAGGAAACAAUCUGCAGCUCACAUGAACUGUGUGAAUGAGGACAUUCAGCCCCCAUCAGCUCUGAGCAUGUUAGCGUGGAUCAUGUGUCAGUAACAAACCUGAGUAAAUCUAUGAUGGAACGUCUCUGCAGAACAUUUUGCUGUGCCUUCCUCGGUGAUUUACACUUUAAAAAGACCAAACAGGCAGCAACAGAACGGUUGAUCUGAAUCAGGUUCAUGUCUUCAUAUCACACAGACUGCACCUCCUUCAUACAGGAUCUCACUGUUCUGUGAUUAAUCAGACCCAAAACAUUGGAGCAACUUUUCUGCAGUUAAGCAUUUUUUAAAUAAUCUACUUAUUGUUACGGUGAAGGGAAACAUAUUAUAACCAAAUUAUUACAUCCUUAGUACAUCUAAACUCAAUAACAAGAACUUCAAUUUACUCUCAAAUACUGAAAAACAACUGAUGAUUGAUACAAAGUAACUCAGGGAUGUAGACAUGGAAGGAUUUACGGUGACCAAAGUGAAUGUUUUCUUUCUUGUGUGCACUGACUAAAACAAUGAUGAAUGAAGGGUUUUAAAGGGUUUAAUUCACUACGCCUUACUUUCCAUUUAUUGUGGUUUCUGUAUUAAACUAAUGAAAACUAUCUAAUGGAGUUUUUCCACCAAAAAGAAUGUGUAUCAUCCAAAAAGUCUGAGCACUGAAGGCUGUCAGAUGUUGUAUCAGAAGUGAAGAAUAGGACACCAGCGUCCUGGUCCAAAAAGCAGGUUUAUUGAUUAUCUGGAAAACCUGAAAAACUCAAACCUGAAUAGAGUUGACCUGGAAGACACAGUGGAUCCAAAGCUCAUGGAGAUGUUGUGCUCUGAAGUGUCAGUAAAGUUUUUCAGAGAAGUGGAGGACAUUUAUUCCAUCCUGAUGGCACUGGUUAGAUAAGAGACAGUCAUGCAUACCAUAGUAUAACCUUCCUCUUUUCUAUUUCUUUUGUAUUUACUCUGGCUUGUUUGUGGUGAACAGCAGCCUGGAGACCAUCAUCAGCUUGUGCCUGUAACAGAAUAUCAGAUCAUGCUCAGUUCAGUCUCAUUAAUGGAGGAAAGUCACUCUUGAGCCCUGAGAGAAGGUUUGCCACAAAAAGGUUUUAAUGUUCAGUCUGAGGGAAAGUCCAUCAACAUGCUGAUUAUCAGUAGAUUCAAGUGAAAUGUUAACUGUGACUUCAACUGAACCAAACAUGUGGCUUUAAUGACACUGAGACCUGCUGUGGUGCUGUUUCAUCUUUAUUAUAUUUUUGUUUAAGCAUCAAAGACCAAAUAAAUGAAAAUAAAUGAAUAAAGGGGA